UUGUUCACAAGAAUACAACGCGCCGCCGACCGGCUUGUCUUCGUUUCGUUUGCAUUCGGCUAUUCGCGCGGCGACAUUGCCCAUUGACGUACGUCUCGUCGCGUAUCAAACACGAGCGGUAUUCGAAAAGUUUCCUAACUUUUUUUGAGUACAGGCCACUGAUGUUGGUAAACUUUUCUCGGUCUGUAUUGAUGAAAGUGAGGUGUUCCCAAGUGUUGGUCCCGAUUGAGUGUUUGUGAAGUGCAUCCUUGAUUUUUUGCGAUUGUAAUUUACCGUUUCAAUUGAGCGUUACUGUUUCGUUCAAUAAAAAAAGCGCGUAAGUAGACGAAUCGCGCUCAUCGCAACCAAGAGAGGGCCGUAUAUGGUUGACUCUCGUGGCGUUGGUGAAAGUAGACCUUUGUGAAGUUCAUAAGGACAUAGCCGCUUGCAACUGGCACGAAACGACUUGUUUCGCUGCAGUUCGCGCAAGGAAGGUCGUUAAGGGGCCACUGGUUGCUAUGGCAACCGGAUCUGAAACAAACCCCUGAAAGCGGCGGGCGUGGCGGAUGUCGGGCGGCGGGGGCGGGGGCGGCGCGGGCCUCAUGUCGUGCGUGCGCGAGGGCUCGCUCGAGCCGCCCUACAGACCGCCGCACGCCGACACUCACAACCAUGGCGAAGGGCGCACGGGAAGAUUUUUGCGCGGUCUCCGGCGCAUGUUCAAGAGGCGCGGUAGCGGAGCACGCACGGAUGCAUCGCCCGAUCCCAAAAGCAGUUCCACCAGUGAGUUGCUGGAUGCUGAGAGACAUGCUAGGAGAAAAGAGGGCGUUUAUGGGAGUGGACUGUCGGUGUCGCAUGACUCGGUAUUCACUGGCGAGCGGUCGGGUGACGAAUCCAGCGAUGAACGACCCACGCCCGCUCACCAUCUAGCACAUUUGGCCACAUCACAUCGGGCGGAGCUAGUGGCAGCGGUUCGACGACGCGGGCGCGGCGACGGCAGCGACGACGACGAAGACCUAGGGCUGCCACGCAGUCCACCCGCCUCGCCUCCCACCGAUAAGGCUGAUAAGCGGCACCAUGCUGGCAUCUCGCAGUCUUCGUGCAGCGAUGGCUCCCUACUCAGCGUGGGCUCAUCGGAGAUGGACGAAGACAGUAGCAGCGGUCACCACCACUCGCACGAUCACUCCGCGAGGAGUGACCAGUCAGACAUAUACAACACAUCAGAACCACCGACAGGGGUGGCGCCACUAUCACAUUCAGCCGCUAAACACAAAAUGGCUGUGCGUCCAAGACGCACACAUGGCGCGCCGCGGCGAAAGAAAAAUAAUCCCAUUGUCGCAUCAGCCUUGCCGAUAACGCCCGAACUGAACGAAGAAAUGAUACGAAGCACUACUCCUGAAGUGUCACACAAAACCUCAGAAGUUGUUACUGAAUCAUUCUCUUCAUCGACUACUACGAAGCAUGUGAUCGUCAAAGAACAACACCUGCUAGUGAAUCGAGAACUGCAAAGAGUUCUAGAAACGCCGAGCGACACAAAACUGAAGUCUUCGUCGCUACCCCCGGGGUUAGCGCUCAGUCAGCUCAUGGGACAGUCGCCGGCGAAACUAAGCAUAGCAGAGUCAGACACGCCACGAUCCUCGAUAAAGAGAAGCAAGUCUAGUACUCAAGGCCAGUCUUUAAGAGAUGGUUCGCCCAAAACUCAAGUGAGUUCAGAAAUGAACACUUACCACUCGGAGGAACGAAUGACAAAGUAUCGUACAGACAAAAAAUACGCCGAAGAAUCUUGCCUCGAAAAGAAAUCUAAGUCAGAAAAGAAAAUUGAGAAUGAAGUCAUAAAGUCGUCGAAAAAGGAAGAGUCAUUUUUCAGUCGACUGCUCUUGAGGAAGAGUGGAAAAAAGUCGAAAAAAGAUCAGACCGAUGGAGAAGGACAACAAGAUGUAAAAAAGCCUAAAACUGAAAAACCGAUGGCGCAAUAUAAAAGUGUUGAUGCAGAGAAGAGUGGAUUCACCUAUUCAGAUGGACAAGGGUAUAAACCGGUGCCCGCUGAAAGAACGCAUAGAUCUGCAGGACAGAAAGCUUUCGCAAAUCAGAUGCACAAAAGAUUUGACAAUAAAGGUGGAUACGUACAAGAUAGUGCGUAUAAAGAUGUAUAUAGCGCAGCCAAAGUAUCCGGUGUGGAAUAUAAUAUAACUGAUCUCAAAAUUGCUGAGGAAACUGACAAGAUGUUGAAUUUAGAAAUGAAGAGUCGGUUCAGUAGACGUGACGAAUUUAGUGAAAAGAUUGAUAGAGCAAAGAGGACAUCUUCUAAAGAAGCUAUUGAUGAGAAAAAAGACCCAUUCGUUUUACACCAUGAUAAAGCUAAAAGGCCGACUUCUGUUCAAAGAACUAUUGAUCCGUUGUCAUCAAAAGCAUUUAUUAGUAAUGAAGUAUCCAACAGAGUACAAGAAGAAGCUUUGUCACCGACACGAAUCACUUUAGAUGACGAACCUCCAAGCAGAGGGAUGCGAAUGAAAAGUGUUCAUAAUGAUUACACAUUUCAUAGUGGCAGUAUGCCUAAGAGUAUCCCUUAUUUCAAUCCUGGUAUAUCUAUCUCUUCUUCGCCACCUAAGACUAUCCGACAUGCAAGUUCAGAAAAUGUCAAACGUCGAUCUUCGGAGCACAUUCCAGAAUUUAAUGAAAAAGCAGUAGAAAACAAACAGGAAACAAUGCAUCAUAUCAACAAAACGGAAGAAUCAUACGCGAGAUCAGAGAUGCGUUCACUUGGGGACGAGUAUAUAGAAUCUAGAAAUAGCAUUGGCAAGUCUCAUAGUUUUAGAUAUGCUUCUGAGACAACAUCAAUAAGUUCACAGGAGAAUCAAAUGCCUAGUUUACCUGCAAUAGUGGGUAUAUCUGAACCUCUUUUAGAAAGUUGGGAAGUAAAUUACAGAAGAAACGUCAGUGAAAGACAUGAUUUCUCAAAAAAAGUAUCAGCUAGGAACUACAGCGUUCUUCACACUAAUGCAGAUGCAAACUAUGACAGUCUACCAAGCACCGACAGUAGUUAUUUAGACAGUCUCAAAACGGAUGCUAAUGAAGAUAGAAAACUGUUUACUAACAGCAUACAUAUUACAAUGGAUAGUCAUAAGAGAGACAGCGAUAUAUCUCAGAUAGAGGCUAAAAUUGAUGAUAUUAUUAGUUCUCCUAAGCCUAUUAUAACCCCAAUACUCAAGUCUAGUUCGUUAGAUAGUGUUAAGAGUAGUCCAGAAAAACCUAUUGAUGAAAGAAGGAAGACUAUAUCUGUUGAAAGCGCUUUGAGUCAAACUAGCAAGAUCAGUAGCAAUAUUCUAAAAGAUAUUAAACAAGAGCAAGAUCCAGAAACUUUUAUUUCUGUUACACAUAUUAACAAUGAACAAAUUCCGGUGUUGAACAAAAAUGCAGAAGUUAUAAAAGGAAAUAAGAGCGAUGACAAAAUUCAUAAAAGUGGCACUAAACCUGGAGUCCCCGAAUUUCUAAAUAUACAGUUGAACAGAGUUGAUACAAAACCUACCAGUAAUAUUGUAUUAACUGCUAAUAUAACGCCAAAGAAACUUGAUAGUCCACAAACUGAUAAGGAAUUAGAUAUAGAAAGUUUUCGUGUAACAGAUACUAAACUAACGCAAAAUGUAUUAUCCGUGGGAAAGGACUCGAAUACUAAUAAUAAUAUUGAAAAUGUAGCAGAAAUUACGGAAGAGAAAAUAUCACCUGUGGUUACGAGAAGAACUGUACAAUCGGUAACACCGCAGAGUCCUUCUACGCCAAAAUCUUUCUAUAAAAGGAAGGCAACGAGUGUUGAAUUACAAGACAAAAUAGAGAAACCGAGAGCUAAUUCUAUGAGUACAGAUGAUAAUACAGAGAAAAAUUAUGACAACAUAUCUAUCGAUCAAAAAUCACAUUCCAGUUUUGGCAGUAAAAGUUCUAUACAGAGCAUCGAUAGCAAUGAUGUUAGAACUCCAGACAGGCACGAGGAAGCUGUUGUUUAUCGCAAGAAACCUGUGAUGUUAUCAAAAGAACUUCGUGGUGACAGGAAAAAUGAUGAUGAACCAGAAUUAAUGAAAGUAUUUGCACGUAGAUCAUUGAAACUCAAAGAUACAGAAGCCGACUCUUUAGCUCAAGAAAUCGCGGAAGCGCACAAUCUGAAAAAUGAAAAUAGUGACAAUGCCACCGUUACAAAAAGUAAAAUGCUCAAGAAUGAAUUUAAUGCUUCAAUAAAAUCUAGAGAUAGUGACAAAGAAAAUGAGGAUGCAAGUGCAAAAGAUCAAGCUGAAGAGAAGAGAUUGGUCGAUAUCGCUGCCCGAGUCAGUCAAUUUGGUGUUCCUCAUUACCAGAGAAGUAUAAGUGUGAACACUGUAUCAAAUCCGAAACGAGAAAGCGCUCCUGUAUAUAGAAGUGACGUAAAUAAGUAUAAAAAAGAAGUAUCAGAUUCCACACCGGAGAAGAGACUUAGAAAUAGAACAUUCCCUGAUCCAUCGACGGACAGGGAUGAUAUUAAAAACAUUGCUAAGAGCGAAGCAAUGGCGUAUAAAGCAGAUACACUUACAAAAAGGCCAUGGCAAAGGAAAGACAAUGAGAAAUUCAGACAAUUGUCAGUUGAGAGCGAAAAGAGAGAGAGUGCUGUGAUAGAAAAGGACGGAGAGACAGAGAAAGAUGAUAAUGCGAAAGAUAGAGAUGGUGCUGGUGGGGAAGCGGAUGCAUCACCACAAUUCAAAGGUAUACUGCAAAUGCGCGCGGAAUGGGAGAGGCGAGCAAAACAAGGGAUGACCAAAUAAACAAUGGUGCUAAGAGUCUCGUAUGUACCAUCGUGUAUACAGCGUUCGUUACGUUACGUUAAGUGAUAGUUUAGUUUAGACACCCUGUGUGGUUCGCAAAUUAUAUUAUUAUUAUUAUUAUAAUUAAUAUAGACCUUUAUCUGAAGUUGUUAAGACAAUGUAUUUUUGAGUGUUAUUGCAAUGAAAUUAAUAGUUCAUAGUUAUAUUUUAUGAAAGAAUAAUAUUGUAUUUAACAUAAAUAUUAUGGAAUACAAAUUUUAUUCAUAUAGUU